AUGGUUGCGAAAGCUCGUGAUGUACAGUGGUUCGGGGUGCCAUUUCGCGAUAGAAAAGGUCCUGAUGCAGAUGGUUGGCAGGAAGCAACUGUACAUGCCAGCGCCUUGCAUGUUGGCCGCAGUGCGGUCGCUCUCGGUGGUGUUGCAUGGCGAUGCGUCCGCCGUCUGGCUGCAGAGGCCGAGGACGGAAAGCUGCUGUCCGGCAAGGCUGUGUUCAGACAUCUUGGUGGGAAGCAAAGCAGUCCAGAACGCUUGCUGCUGGAUCAAGGCAGCUUGAGUGCCGCAUACGCGGGCCUUCUGACAAACCGCCCACUGCAGCUGCGCUGGCAAGAGAAAUCCUCUGCGGAUAGCCUGGAAGCCGACGAGGCUCGUCUUCCUGAUGCAGUCUGUGCCGCUCGGGCUUAUGGUGUGCGAAGCCAGGAAGCUGCUGACUGUCGGAGUGGCCCUUGUGGUCUCAUGCUGGCUCGGAGGCCUUUGCCCGGAAGCCGACGUGAGGUAGCGCUGGUGGACUGGAUCCCCGGAUACUACUCCCUGCACGCUUGCGUGCCAAGCCGCGCUGGUCCAAAGUUUGGGCCCACGCCUUACGUGGAGCACGGGGAGCCACUCAUGCGAAAGGGGGCAGGUGUGGUGACGUCUCUCCUCAAGACCUUGUCGGGUGUGCAUGUGACAUCCGUCUUGGAGUCUGAAGCAAGUUCGAGCAUGAAUGAGCAACUAGGCGCACAAGUUCUGGGGGCGUGCACGGAAGUGAAACUAGGUCGCAACGACAGCGACUCUGCAUUGGACUUCAAGCCGGUGCUGCCGCUGCUAUCCAACUUCCACCGAGGUUUCCGCCAGUUAGCAUUGCUUGGCGUGAAGACUCUAUGGACUGGAGAUGGCGGGACGGCUGCCAUCGGUGUCUUUCAAAGAUCCUACUCGGGGAUCGCUGAACCAGUGAUGAACGCGAUCACAAGCGACGACCAGGAGGAUACGAUGCGUAUUCCCGACGUCCUGGGGUCCAGCAUGCUGAAGCCUGAGCCAAAGGGCGAUGGAGUGCCUCUUCACCCAUGGAGCACAACUCUUGUGUGCCAUCCCGUCAUGAAAGUGAUUGUGAUCCCAGAUGACAGUCACUUCGAUGCUGGGGAGGACACCGAAAGGAAGACAUACCCGCAUGGGAAGUUCUGUGAAGCUGUCUUCCUCGCGCUCACCACAGGGUCCUGCGCGGCCGACGCGGCCAAGUUCCCAUGGAGCAGCAGGAUCGGGUUUCAGUACUCGUGUGGCGCCGGAGAUGGGGACUACAUGCGGCCACGGAGUGAGCUGGUUGCCUCAAAGGAUAAGGCGCCCCUGCGCUCCGAAGGCUAUGCGCUUUACCUUGGCAAUACUUGCCCGUGGUGCCACCGGGCCAAGUUGGCUUUAACCCUUCGCCGCCUGCCGCCACGCUGCGUUGCAGAUGUGAAGCUCGUGGACAACGCCGAGCGUGCUUCACGAGGUGGCUGGGCCUUUGAUCCUCAGCAAGGAGCUGCGGACCCUGUCUUUGGAGCCGCAGACCUUCGUGAGGUGUAUGACCGAGCAGCAGGCCGCGACGGUAGUGGCUACGUUGGUCGCUGCACAGCUCCAUUGCUGGUGGACACACGCAGCCGGCAAGCCGUGUCCAACGACAGCGUCCAGAUUGUUCGGCUCAUUGGGACCGCCAGCGCAACAGACGAAGAGCGCAGCCAGGGGCGAGCUGUCGACCUGGUGCCGCAGGAGCUGAUUGGGCAGAUUGAGGCCACGACUCGCUGGACCUACGAGCUGCUGUCCAACGCAGUUUACCGGGCAGGCUUUGCCACCACCCAGGAAGCCUUUGCGCGUGCUGCAAGGGAUGUCGCAGAAGGCCUUCAGCGUGUUGAGGAGCAGUUGGCUGGGAGCCGCUUUCUGUGUGGUGACCGUCUGACAGAGGCAGACGUUAUGCUGCUGCCAUGCGCGGCGCGUUUUGAUGCUGUUUACGCCUCUCUUUUCUUGAGGGGCUCCUGUGGCCUGUGGCGUGAAGGCGAACACCGCCGCCGAUGGCUUCAGCGCUGCUGGUCCUUGCCGGGGGUGCCGCAAACUGUCGAUCUGCGUGCCUGUCAAGAGAGUUACUUUCGAAGCCUCUUCCCCCUCAACCCGUCGCAGAUCGUUCCUGUACCUGCGUCUGACCCUGGUGCGCUCGGAACAGAGAGCAGCUCCGAGGAGGACCUGGAUGAAGUCUUCCAUUGGCGGAAAGUCUGA